GUUUUGAUAGAUAUUCCAACUGAAUCAUAUAAUUGUCACUUAAAACGUCAUGCAACUUAAUCUCUGUUUAGCAAGGAAGUCUAUGACACCACUGUCCUCAAAUUCUUCCAAGUGCCGUCAAUCAAAGUUCCAAAAAUAUAAUCCAACACUCUACUUCUCUGCAAAGUGCAAACGGUGUCAUACUACUACUUCGGUUUCAUCGAAAUCUUCUGUUCCGUGCACCAGACACCAUCCAAGUAUCCUUCAUUUUGAUCACAGACACAGUAAGAGAGAAGGAGAGACAGGUCCUAGAGAAGGUGGACACAGGGGUCCUCUAUGGGGCCAUAGUUGUUUGUUUUUUGGCGGGCAGCAACGGUCACUUUCAAUGAUUUUCUUUGGCCUGUGACUCUCCAAGUUCCAUCUAACCAAAGCUUGUAUAUUGCUUGUCAUUUCCAUCGAAACGUCCUCGAGGCUUCUUCUCCCAAAGGCCUUGUGUGCUUGGGCUUCUAUUGUUUGAUCAGACAAGAGUGGGUGGUCCGGUAGCUGUAAAAAGUGGAAGCUUGGGUAUUGGGCUGAAAGGGAAGAACAGAUCUCAAUCAUAUGAGGAGAUCUGUAACUAUCCCCUUUCAGCUGCUGGAGGUGAUUCUGGUACUUGCAUCAAUGUGUGAAGCUCAAUGGGCUAUAGGUAGCAGCUCGCAUUGCACACAAACAAGCCCGAGGGAAGUUCGACCACACAGUGUCACCAUAACUGAAUUUGGUGCUGUUGGAGACGGCGUAACUCUCAACACCAAAGCAUUUCAGAAUGCCAUUUUCUAUCUCAACUCAUUCACUGACAAGGGAGGGGCCCAGCUUUUUGUACCUGCUGGUCGAUGGUUGACAGGAAGUUUCGAACUCAUCAGUCAUCUUACUUUGUUGUUAGACAAGGAUGCAGUAAUCCUUGGAUCAACACACUCUGAUGACUGGCCUGUUAUUGAUCCUUUACCCUCUUAUGGACGAGGUAGGGAAUUGCCUGGUGGAAGGCAUAGAAGCCUAAUCUAUGGACGCAAUCUGACAGAUGUCAUUAUAACGGGUGACAAUGGAACAAUUGAUGGUCAAGGCAAUGUCUGGUGGAACUGGUUCAGAAAUGGAACUUUGAACUAUACUCGGCCCCAUCUGGUUGAGUUGAUGAAUUCAACUGGUGUGAUCGUCUCAAACUUGACAUUCUUAAACUCUCCAUUUUGGACCAUCCACCCUGUAUAUUGCAGUGAAGUUGUUGUCCAGGAUGUGACAAUCCUUGCCCCUCUUGAUUCGCCAAAUACAGAUGGGAUCAAUCCAGAUUCAUCAGAUGACGUCUGUAUUGAGGAUUGUUAUAUUAGCACGGGUGAUGAUCUGAUCUCCAUCAAAAGUGGUUGGGAUGAAUAUGGCAUUUCUUAUGCUCGACCCAGUUCCAACAUUAUAAUCCGACGCAUUGCUGGACAGACAUCAUCAAGUUCUGGAAUUGCAAUUGGGAGUGAAAUGUCAGGUGGUGUAUCAGAAGUGCACGCAGAAAGCCUUCAGUUCUUCAAUUCAAAAACUGGCAUCAGAAUAAAGACAUCUCCUGGACGGGGUGGGUAUGUAAGAAAUGUCUAUGUCUCAGACGUAGAUUUGACAGAUGUAAAGAUGGCUAUUAGGUUGACAGGUAAUUAUGGUGAGCACCCAGAUGCAUCUUAUGAUCCAAAAGCCCUCCCCGACAUAAACAAGAUUACUUUCAAAGAUAUCAGAGGAGAUAAUAUCAGUGUUGCAGGCCUUCUGGAGGGUAUUGAAGGAGAUAAUUUCGUCGACAUUUGCCUGUCCAACAUCACCCUCAAUGUAACCUCAUCUUCCCCGUGGAACUGUUCAUUCAUUCGAGGCUAUUCUGACUCGGUUUCUCCAGAUACCUGUGAGCCUCUCAGAGACAGAAUCUUCCCUCACCAUUCAUCUUCUUGCUACCACAUAUCCGAUGAUUUGCAGACCCAAAGUGAUAGAAAGCAACAGUCAUGGUUGAUGCCACGAUUAAGUUUUAGUUUUACUAUAAUAUAGUCUUUGGUUCAGUAAUGCAAAUAACUCUUUUUUUUUUUUAAUGUAAGCAUCUCCUGUCCCCUGCAUCCCCUGCAUCCCCUGCACCCCCUGCACCAGGGGUGGGGCAUCAAACCCCACCAGAAGGGUAAAAAAACAGAGAAACAGAAGUCAGAAACUUUGAUUCUUGCCAUUUCUCAUCAUGACAGUCUGUUGACUCAUGGUGGAAAUUUGGAUGGAUUUUUUUUUUCCUUUUUUUUUUGGCUGAGUAGUUGACUUGUGACAAACAAGGUCUUGACUGUUGAGGGAUGAUUUGUUUCUUGUAACUUUGUGUGCAGUGACAAUAAUUGAGUGAUUCAUUGGACAUUGACAUACAUUGAUGACAUGCUUGUAUUACCCUACUUUUUAUUCUUUGUAAUACAAGUUGGAAUACAAAGUAGACAGUCAUGAAUGAAUUUAUGCAGAGAGCAAAUUGCGAA